UUUUACUGUCGGAGAUAACUCCGAUAAAAGUGUAGCCUAUGUUGCUAGAAAUGAAUUACAACAUAUCCUUCUUCACUAACAGAUUAACAUUUGUAACUCAAGAAUCACUUUAAGGCAGUCCGAAUAGUCUGCGAGUUUUAACUCUUAAAUAAAUUAAAGGUGAUAACAUAACAAUAAUAUGGUGCAAUCUGUGGAUAACUUCAAAACUAAGUGUACAUUAAUCCAGAUAGGGGCAAGUCUGCUGAUCAACUGGGGAAUGAUAAACUCGGGAAUCGCGCUGGGGUUUCCUUCCGUAGCAGUUCCACCCCUACUGGGUUCCGGCCCUGGCUUACACGCUUCUGUCAGCGAAGCAUCCUGGGUAGCCGGUCUCAGCUUCGCCUCAGCGCCAGUGGCCGCGCUGAUGGCUGGGCCACUGAUUGACAGUAUCGGCCGCCGCUGGAGUCUCCAGCUGCUGAACGUAACGUUCGCAGCAGGCUGGCUGCUGAUAGCAGUCUUUCCCCUCUCUCUGCUCGCCCUGUACGCCGGCCGUCUGCUGACAGGGUUCGGGAUGGGGCUAGUGGCCUCCACCGCCGCGAGCUACACAGCUGAGAUCGCUUCCGUGUCUCUCCGCACCGUUCUUGUGAAUUUUAUUCCAAUCAUGAUGGCCGCUGGGGUCUUCCUCUCAUACCUUGGAGCUUUUUUGUAUCAGGAAUCAUGGAGCGAAGUAUCUUGGUUCGGAUUCGGCAUUUCUGUGAUGUCGCUGGUCCUGACGCCGCUGCUGCCGGAGAGCCCGUUGUGGCUGCUGAGCAGAGGUCGUGCUGAGGAAGCGCUGCAGGCCCUGCAGAGACUGCGGGCAGCAACAGCCCCCGAGCAAGUCAAGGAGGAGCUGGACAGCUUCAGCAGCAGAGCGAGCGACAAGCAGCAGACAACCUCCUGGCUCUCCACCUUCCACAACCUGCGGCAACCUCAGGCCUACAAGCCGCUUCUCUUCAUUAACGCUUUCUUCAUAUUCGUUCAAGGAUCUGGGGUUUUAAUACUUAUUUCGUAUGCUGUUAACUUUAGUCAAAUCGCACAGCUAGACGUGCAAGCGUACCAAGUGUCCCUGGCAAUAGCGGUGAUGAGGGUGGUCGCAACACUUCUGACAAGUUGGGUCUGCAACAGAUACGGCAAAAGAGGUCCUGCCCUUUUCUUUGGAAGCGUGACUGCAGUGAGCAUUGGGGUUCUUGCCGCCACCGUUUACCCCUUCUUUACCCUCCCGUAUUGGAUGAUCACGACAGUUGUCCUCGUCUAUGUGCUAUCCUGCUGCGUGUGCUUCUCCUCCAUACCAUGGUCUAUGCUAGGGGAGAUCUUCCCUACAAAUGUACGAGGGAUUGCGAAUGGACUGACAACUUCUAUCGCAUUCAUCGAGUCAGUUUUCAUGGUGAAACUCUACCCUGAGGCGGUUCUUUCUUUUGGAGCGUUUCCCGUAUUUUCCUUCUUCUCUGUUUGCUCACUGCUCGGCACCGUGUUCCUAUACUACUUCCUUCCAGAGACACACGGGAAAACACUUAAGGAAAUUGAAGAAUAUUUUACAGGGUCUAGAGUGUCGGCAGUUUCAAGGUGAUGAUGAUUCUUUGAUGAAACAGCAAGCUUUUACAAACAAGUUAUUAAAUGUAAUUAUAUUUUUACGGAUUGUUUUAAUUGUUUAAAAUUGUAGAUCACCA